GCACGGGAGCCGCGGUGCGCGCUUCCAUCUCUCGCCCGCGCCGCGAUGCUUCUCCUCGGCGAAGCAUAUUCUCUUCUCCACUCCCCACUUCGCCACCACCACACGCCGUGCUCCCGUCUCCGCCUCCGGCUCCGGGGUCACUGGUCAGUUCAGCCCGCAUGGACCCCACCGACCAGUCGCCGGAGGAGGUGUAUUCGGUGUGGGCUCUCCCGCCGGAGCCCGUCCGCGACCGCCUCCGCCGCGCCAUGGAGGCCCUCCGCGCCGCGCACGGCUUCCCGGCCUUCGAGCCGCACGCGACCGUCGUGGGCGCCAUUCGUCUCCGCAGGGCACAAGCCAUCGAGAUGCUCCGCGCCGCCGCCGCCGGCGUUCGGCCCUACACAGUCCGCGUCGCGGGGGUCGCCCGCGGCGACUUCUUCUACCAGUGCGUCUACCUCCUCCUCGAGCCCACUCCCGAGGUCGUGGAAGCAAGCGACCACUGCUGUGGCCACUUUGGUUAUGAGAGAUCAACUCCGUACAUGCCGCAUGUGAGCCUCUUAUAUGGAGACCUGACAGAUGAGGAGAAGGAGGAGGCAAGGAAGAAGGUAGAGGAGCUGGACAAGGAUAUCUGUGGACUGCAGUUUGAGGUAUCUGAGCUUGCGCUUUAUAGAACGGAUACUGAGGAUAAAAGCUUGGAGUCAUGGGAGCUGGUGGAGGUGUACCAUCUUGAGAAGAAGUGAUUAGUUUACUCAGUGAUAAUUCUUCUGUAGGUUAAGUUCGAGAAUGCUUUCUUAGCACAUGGGUGUUUUACUGUCUAAGCACCUGUUUGUUUUACUGAAUAAGCACUGGUUCGUAUCACCGGUAGCACUUCCAAUCGGAGUAAGGAAUAAUGUAAUAGCGUUCAUGUAUAUUGGGGUUUCCGUGAAAAGUACUUCGGGUAUUUAGAUUGUGCCGAGUUUGUUCAAUAAAACCUGUUGAAAUA